AACGGAUCUCCUUAUUUUGUUGCAUUCGAUAUUCUAUUCUCAUAAUGAAAACUGCUGGCAUCGAAAGGACUGAGGCUACUACACGACCGAGAAAAUAUACCUGCGGUGGUUGCUGCAACUUACGAUGAAUAUAAGGACAUGGCGUGUCACCUCUUCUGGCGCCACGGCACUGAGAGCGUCAGCUGUAAUAAGUGCAACGUGAGAAGGUGGCAGUUCGCACUCCACAUCUGCUACGUGCUGCCCUACGAAGACAUCAUGUUCGAGGAGUGGGCUGCGGAGUCGUCCAGGAGUAUCAGGGAAAGCAUAUACUGUUACUGCGGGAAGGACGUUCCAGACGCACCGAUGAUUGGCUGCGACGGAGACGAGUGUGAGUACGAGUGGUACCACUACGCGUGUGUCGGCAUCACGGAGGCCCCGGACGAGAACUGGUUUUGUCCGACGUGCGCCAAAUAACAUUGGCCUAGCAAAAGCUCUCAACGGCGCAUUCUAAUAGUUUGUUUAUUAUCUUCUAGUUAUACUUCUUAGUUUGUAAGUUUCAAAUGUUUAUAAAUAUGUUCUUAUAAUUUUAUUUUUUUUUUUUUUAUUUUGUUGUGCUUUAGUUUAUUACUUUCUAGUUAUUACGUCUUUACUUAUAUAGUUUU